CGCUCGGCAGUGCAAGAUGGCGGACAUAUCUCUCGACGAGCUCAUCCGGAAGCGCGGGGCGGCGGCGAAGGGGCGGCUCAAUGUCAGACCAGGAAUUGGAGGUGUCCGGUCUCGUGUUGGAAUCCAGCAGAGCCUUCCCAGCCAGCCACCACGCACAGCCACCUUCCAGCAGAGGUUUGAUGCCCGUCAGAAGAUCGGCCUUUCAGAUGCCCGGCUUAAGCUGGGAGUCAAGGAUGCCCGGGAGAAGCUUUUGCAGAAAGAUGCCCGGUUUCGGAUCAAAGGGAAAGUACAGGAUGCGAGAGAGAUGCUGAACUCCCGCAAGCAGCAAAGCACAAUGCCCCAGAAGCCGCGCCAGGUAGCCGAUGCCCGAGAGAAGAUCAGCUUGAAGCGUAAUUCCCCUGCUGCCUUCAUGAACCCAGCCGUCAGCACAGUGACCCCUGUUCUGAAGCUCACCAAAACCAUCCAGAAUAUAUAUGACCUGGAUGAAGAUGAUGAUAGUGUAACUCCUGUUCCUACUAAACAGAUGAAAUACGCAGCGUCAUGCGGCUUUCUCCACCACGUGGCUGAGCUGAGCAGUUCCAAACUGUCCUUGUCCAAGGCCCUCCCUCUCACCAAAGUGGUCCAGAAUGAUGCCUAUACAGCUCCUACUCUUCCCCCCAUUCGAACAAAAGCCUUGACCAACAUGUCCCGGACACUGGUGAGCAAGGAGGAAUCCCCCACAGAGCUGCCACCUGCUGAGCCUGUCCUCAGCCCCCUGGAAGGUACCAAGAUGACUGUGAACAACCUGCACCCUCGAGUCACUGAAGAGGACAUCGUUGAGCUUUUCUGUGUGUGUGGAGCCCUCAAGCGGGCUCGGCUGGUCCAUCCCGGGGUAGCAGAGGUGGUUUUUGUGAAGAAGGAUGAUGCCAUCACUGCAUACAAGAAGUACAACAACCGGUGUUUGGAUGGGCAACCAAUGAAGUGCACCCUUCAUCUGAAUGGCAACGUUAUCACCUCAGACCAGCCCAUCCUGCUGAGGCUGAGUGACAGCCCCUCAGUGAAAAAGGAGAGCGAGCUGCCUCGUAGGGUGAAUUCUGCCUCCUCACCCAACCCUCCUGCAGAAGUGGACCCCGACACCAUCCUGAAGGCACUCUUCAAGUCCUCGGGAGCCUCUCUGACCACACAGCCCACAGAAUUCAAAAUCAAACUUUGAGUGGGGAAGCGAGGCAGCCAGAGCAUUCUGGGGACAGAGGAGGGUGGCUCUGUUGCCCAAGCCAAGCUUGUGACCAAUGGGCCGUUGGACUGGAGGCCCCUGAGAGUGGGAAGGGUGCCAGGUCGACUUGUCCUCACUGGACACGUCCUGCCUCUCCGUGUUGUGUCCUACUCUCUGCUUUUCUCUUCAGUGACAUUUCCUGUAGUUUGUAUUUUCUGCUCUCCACCUUGUCAUCAAGGUGGACUCGUGUUUCUCAGAGUGUCCCUCCCCUAAUCUCAGUCCCAAAGUGAAUCCUUACUCAGAAACACAGCACUAAAUUGUCCAGCUGUUCUCCUGUGGUCCUGUGGGAUGCAG